AUUAGUAUACUACUGGCUUAGCUACUAGCUGUACUAGUAGUAGCUUAUUGUGUUAAUUAUUUCUUUAUUUGCAAACAAAAACAAACCAAGAAAAUUUCUUAAAAAGAACAUCCGUCUACUGUCUAGUAUGAUGUGUGUUGUGUACUCGUACAAUGGUAUUUACCCCUGCACUUGCUCUAAACGCAUCUAGCAUGAGGAUAAAGUAAGCGACAAUAAAAAUUUCAGUACGACUCGGUUUGUUGAAUUGGAUAGAACAAGUUUUUGCAAAUAACAGCGCGGUUAAUAUUAUAAAUUAAUAUUGUAAUUUAAAAUAGGAAAACCUUAAAUUUCAGUUUCAAAUUGGCUUUUUUUGUGCAAAUGCAAAAUAAAAAGGAAAAUUUUGAGAGGAAACAUUUAACAAAACUUACCUAAAUACAAAAUAAAUUACUUAUGAAAAUAAAUUAAGAAACAAAAUACACAUCAACAUGUCUGCAAGUAACAAAGAGAGUCCCAGCAGGGAAUCUACUUCGUCAAGUGCAAGAAUAAGCCUGAUAGCUGAAGAUUCAUUGACCCGUGACUUUUCCAUGGGUAGUUUAACAUCAACUGUCAGUCAGGAUGAGUAUUUCCGGUGUCGUGAUCAUGCUGAGAGUGUCCUCAAAAGAAUGCAAAACUAUUUAGAAAACGAACAGCUGUGUGAUGUGAUCCUGAUAGCUGGAAUCGAUGGAAAAAGAGUACCUGCACAUCGUCUAGUAUUAUCGGCAUCGAGUGCAUAUUUCUCAGCAAUGUUCACUGGUUCUUUACGCGAGACAAAAGAAGAAGAAGUAACACUGGGCGAAGUACACGGAGAUGCACUGCAAAUACUUGUACAAUAUUGCUACACAGGUUUUAUUGAACUUCGUGAGGAUACUGUGGAAACACUUCUCGCAACAGCAUGCCUGCUUCAAUUAAAUGCUGUUGUAACGGCAUGUUGUAAUUUCCUAGCUCGACAACUACAUCCAUCAAAUUGUUUAGGUUUUGCAUUCUUUGCUGAACAACAAAGUUGUACAACACUUUUGAAACUAGCCAAAGCAUAUACCUGCCAGCAUUUUAUGCAAGUUUGUAAAAAUCAAGAAUUCUUUCAAUUGAACGCAGAGCAAUUGGGAAAACUUCUAUCAAACGAUGAUCUUAAUGUUCCAUCUGAACAAGAUGUGUUCCACAGCUUAAUGUCUUGGGUGCAACAAGACACUGCGUCCCGUGAAAAAUUCAUUCCAGAAUUAUUAGCACUAAUACGCUUACCACUGUUACAGCCAUCGUUCAUUGCGGACCAUGUUGAAUCAGUGUGUGGUUCCAGUGAGUGUCAACAGCUUGUUAUGGAAGCCCUUAAAUGGCAUUUAUUACCAGAACGUCGUUCCUUAAUCGCCACCGAAAGAACUAAGCCAAGAAAAUCUACCGUUGGUAGAUUGCUUGCCGUCGGUGGAAUGGAUGCUCAUAAAGGAGCUAUAAGUAUUGAAAGUUAUUGUCCUCGCCUAGAUAAAUGGACUGUUUGGAAAAAUAUGUCAGCAAGGAGAUUACAAUUCGGUGUAGCUGUGAUGGAUGACAAACUGAUUAUUGUCGGAGGUCGUGAUGGAUUGAAGACAUUAAAUACUGUUGAAUGCUUAGACUUAAACACAAUGGCAUGGACUCCACUUACUCCAAUGGGUACACAUCGUCAUGGCUUAGGAGUUGCUGUGCUCGAAGGACCUAUGUAUGCAGUUGGUGGCCAUGAUGGUUGGAGUUACUUAAAUACCGUUGAACGUUGGGAUCCAUUUGCAAGAACUUGGAAUUAUGUAGCUCCUAUGUCGGCUAUGCGGUCAACAGCUGGUGUUGCGGUAUUGGGAGGAAGACUGUAUGUUGUGGGUGGUCGUGAUGGAUCAGUUUGUCAUCGCUCAGUUGAAUGUUAUGACCCUCAUACAAACAAAUGGACCUUAAGAGCACCAAUGAACAAACGACGAGGAGGAGUUGGAGUCGCAGUUGCUAGCGGACAUUUAUACGCAUUAGGAGGACACGAUUGUCCGGCUAGUAAUCCCUCAGUGUGUAGAACAGAUACAGUUGAACGAUACGACCCCGGAACAGAUUCUUGGACCUUGAUCUGCUCACUAAGUGUGGGAAGAGAUGCAAUUGGAUGUGCUUUCUUAGGUGAUCGCCUUAUAGCCGUCGGUGGUUAUGAUGGUAAUCAUUACUUAAAAACUGCCGAAGAAUAUGAUCCUGAAACGAACGAAUGGACACAAGUGGCACCGUUAACAUACAAUAGGGCUGGAGCCUGUGUGAUAACAAUUCCAAAUAUAAUCCCAUCAACACCACCACUAGCCGCUAGCUCAACGAAAAAAUGGAAACCAGUUAGAUUAAAUCCGUACUGUUACAGACGCACUGUAGAAUUUGUCGAUUACUACAAUCUUUGAAAAGAAAAAAUUUUAACACAAUUAGCACAACAUUUAUUUAUGUUAUUUUGUGUGUUUACGUUUCUCUAAAUGUAGACAGCAUGAAAAUCCCAUAAAAUCGACGUAUGAUUCUGUGAAAUGGGUAACUACUUAUAGAGUACAGCAACUGUAGCAUCAUAGAUUCCCUAAAAAAAAAAAAAAAAACAAAUUGAAUAUAUUUUUAUUACUAUAGGGAUGACGUGAAGGAUUACAAAAAAAAACUGAUUAUGUAUUUUAAAUUCAAGACCUGGUAAAACAAA